GAAUAUGCUGAUUUAUCCAAAUUGAAAUACCUGAGUCAAGUAAUAUCGGAAACGUUACGUCUUCGUCCUCUUUCAUCGUUGUUAAUAAGUAGAAAAUGUUCGAACGAUUUCCAUUAUAAGAAUAUAACUAUUCCAAAAGGAGUUACAGUUAUGAUUCCAGUACCGAACUUGCAUAAAGACUGUAAUUAUUGGAUAAAACCGGAAAAUUUCAACCCUGACAGAUUUUCAUCUAAGAAUGCAGGACUAAUAGAUCAAUCGAUAUACCAACCUUUCGGAUCCGGUUCAAGAGGCUGCAUAGGAAUGAGAAUGGGUCAAACAGUUAUGAAAUUAACUUUGGCUAAUCUCAUAAAGAGCUACAAAUUAGAAGCUUGUGGAAGUUUGGAAGUUGAAGAAGACUUCUCGUUUUUCAUACCCCGUCCAAAAAAUGGAAUUAUUGUAAAGGCAACUGCAAUAACUUCGUAAACCUUUUAAUAAAUGAAUUUUAAUGAAUUUUUUCUUUCAUUUUAUUUGGGUUUGUAAUGAAAACAUUCAUCUUAUAUAUGUUAAAUUUAUUCUUAAAAUUUGGAUAUAUGCAGUAGCGGGCUAAGAUGUGUAUAACAGAAAAUGUUUAACAGCUGUUCAAAACAGCACAGUUAUGAUUGUGAUUUGUAAUAAUACAUAUGGUA